AUGCUUCACUCCGCUGCUCUCGUCGACAUCGUCAACAAGACGUUGCCAUAUCAGGCUCUGGGAGGAUCCCUUCUUCCGGUCAACAACAAUGCCGAGUUUAUGAGCCACACGAAUGCCAUCACCGUGACCAUUUGCGACCAGGAGGAGCCGAUUGCUUUCGGAUCGAUCGUCAAGUGCAAUGAGAGACAAGCCUACGUCAUGCUCGGAGAGGUCGACAAGAAGUUUGAAGACAAAACUGUCUGGAUUGAGCAAACUGCUGUCGAGAACAAGCUUAACUUUGCCUACAAGGUGAGUGCUGAAAACGUCCUAAAAUAUGUAGCUCAUAAUAAUUUAGAUUACCAAAUCGGUGCCACUGGUUGACUACUCUGGCGAGACCUACUUCGAGCAAACCUUUGCCGACAGAGAUGAGAAGUAGUUCUGUCUACAAUAUACCAUCAAAACAUAUUCCGUUUCAGGCCUGUUCACCUCCAUCUUCUGGAUGUUCUGAUCAACAACAGUGUUGGACUCAUCGGAAUGGAUGUCUCCAAAAACAUUACGGUUGACUUUGAGAAGUAGGCUAGAACAUAUCUGUGUGCGUAAUCUAUGUAGCCUUGUUCAAGAUUCUCGAACUUUGCAUCCUGGAGAGAUACCGUCGGCUUCGUCGUCGGAGAUAAACAUCUUUUCGAGCGGAUCACAGUGAAUAGGUGUCCUCUUUCGUGAUUCGAACUCCCGCCCUCAUUGUUCUGUUUGUUUAGAUUCGAACUUCUCUCGCUGGAAUCAGAUAACUCUAACGUUGACGUCGAGGAUGUGAGAGUCGAAAAACUGACCGACGUUCUCGAUUAUGACGCCGAAGUUUCGAUCUUCGACAGGGAAGACUUCCUGACCUCUCUUCUUAAAACCGGAGGGGUAAUAAAGUAUUAUUCGCAACGGAUCUUAAAGUUUACUGCCUUCAGGUAUCCGCUAAAGUUGCGAAGGUUCAAGGGCAAGUUGUGGGAUACGUCGUCAACACCAAAGACAACAUCCUCCAAUGCUACGGAGAUGAGGAGCACGUUCAAAGGUAACUCGAAGUGAUAUUCCAUUCUCACUCUUUUUGUUUCAGAGCUCUUUUCUCUGCCGCUGCUGCCAACAUGAAUCCAAAGGUGACCAUGUACGUCCGUAAGCAGACCGGACCACUUAUGGAUCAACUCUCGGAGGUAACUCGCAAAUAUUGCCACAUAUAAUUGUAAUUUUCUCAAUUUUCAGAGCGCCGAGGAGAAAGUCGCAAUCACUAGACUGAACACCCGCGUCAUCAUCAACACUAUCAAGUUCAACAAGAUCGCCUGUCUGAACAUGGGACUUCACUUGUUCUAA